UUUUUUAAUAAACCAAUCAUAAAUCCAAUGUUAGUGCAAGUGUGACGAUGGCCGAGCAAGUAUUUGACGACUGGCGCGAAUUGUCUCAAGAUUUUAAACAAUUAGAAGCCGUCAAUAAAAUUUAUCAAGAGAAACUCACCGAGGUCACCAAGUACCAAAAGGAGUGCCAAAAACACAUCCAGCAUCAAAAAUAUCGCAUCGGUAUCAUCAAUAACACCAUCAAACGCUCAAAAGAUGACCGAUACGAAGAUCUCAAAGAAGAAAUUCUCAAGCGUGAGGCGCAACUACACGAGAUUCAGCAGACGUUGCCGAAGGAAAAUGGAAGAUACUUGAAAGUGAUUUUGGGUAACGUCAAUGUCUCUAUUUUGAAUAAAGAAGACAAGCUCAAGUAUAAGAGCGAGUAUGAAAAGUUCAAGUUGAUUGUGAGUGCGUUGGCGUUUGUUUUUUCGAUCGUCAAUUUGCUUUUUAUAAGUCGGAGAUUGGAACGUCUGUAUUUGUUUAUACUGGUUUGGUAUUAUUCCACUCUCACUAUCAGAGAAAGCAUUUUAAGGGUCAACGGAUCAAAAAUUAAGGGAUGGUGGAUGGUGCAUCACUACAUCUCGGCGAUAACAGCUGCAAUUCUUUUAAUUUGGCCAGAAAGCGAGUCUUGGAACCAAUUCAGGACGCAAUUUAUGAUAUUCAAUGCUUAUAUCAGUGUGGUGCAGUAUCUGCAAUUUCGGUACCAACAAGGAGUACUUUAUCGACUUAAAGCCUUGGGAGUGAGGGACAAUAUGGAUAUUACAAUUGAAGGGUUCCAUUAUUGGAUGUGGAGGGGACUUAGUUUUCUAUUUCCGUUUUUGUUUGUUGUGUACUUCUUUCAACUCUAUUUAGCCUAUUCACUGUACAAUUUAAGUUACUUAAAGGAUGCCACUUGGCAUGUAAGUACGUUAUCAAAGUUGUUUUUCACUUUAUCUGUUGGAAAUAUCACGACCAUGAUGAUGAUCAUUCCUGAUAAGUUUAAGCAAAAUGUAAGGCUAAAGUACAGAGUACUUAGUCAGAAAUUGUUCAGCGAUAGCGAAAGUAAAAAUAAGAAAAAUAAAAAACAAUAGAGAUAUUUUUAUAA